AUGGUUCUCGCAGCACAUCCCGAUCCCGCAACACCUGUGUUAUCGCACUUUUCACUUGAGGGAAAAUCUGCGUUCGUGACGGGUGCAUCGCGAGGAAUUGGCCUGGCCGUGGCCCGUGGCCUUUUGGAAGCCGGGGCAUCGGUCGCCAUCACCUACUCCACGACCCCAGACUCCGAGGUCUCAGACCUCGUCUCCUCCCUGUCAUCCGACAACCCCGGACGCGUGGUCAGGGCCUACCAGUGCAACGUGACGGACCGUGCCGCUGUGAAUGAUGCGGUUCGCAAGGCCGCCGCCGACAUUGGCGGUGGCAGUCUAGAUAUCGUCGUUGCCAAUGCCGGAAUCGGCGACCAUGUGGCUGCUGAGGAUUACCCCGAGGAUCGGUUCCUCAAUAUGCUCGACGUCAACUUCAAUGGCGCAUUCUGGACCGCACAGGCGGCUGCCAACAUCAUGAAGGGGUCAAAGACGAGGGGCAGCAUCAUCUUCACAGCCAGCGUCAGCGCUAUCCUCGUGAAUGUUCCCCAGAAGCAAUCUGCCUAUAACGCGAGUAAGGCGGCUGUCGUCCACCUCGCCAAGAGUCUGGCCGUGGAGUGGGCAGACUUUGCCAGGGUCAAUUGCGUGUCUCCUGGAUACAUCGCUACCGACAUGUUGGAUGUCCAUCCGAAGGAGUGGAAGGACAAGUGGUUCUCCAUGAUUCCUGGACAGAGGCUUUGCGAGCCCGAGGAACUCAAGGGCUCCUACGUCUUUUUGGCCAGCGAUGCCAGCAGUUACAUGAUGGGUAAGGAAAUCCCUCGCCGUGAUCGUUCCACCAGCUGA